AAUAGGUUGAGGGCUCAAACUCCAUAAGAAGCAGCAGCCUGCCUCUGUCCUCUAUCUCUCGCAGCACAGCUUGAACUAUCAAGACAUACAGCUAGGCCUAUUCCUCGUGAAAAUCGUCAACAUGGUACACCGUAACACCUUCUUCAAAGCCUUGGCGGCUUCACUUACUGUUGCUCCAGGCUCAGCACUCCCUGCCCCUCAAAUGGGCGAUUAUGGGGAGAACAAGGGACCUGUAGGUGGAGUUAAGCCCCCGACACCAACAGUUACCUCAGCCAGCGGUUCUCUAUACGGUGACUCUAGCUUACUCGGUGGCAACGCUCCCCUCCCAGAUCCUGACCAGGAUUCUGCCAUCGUCAAAGACCCAAAACUUGUCAACGGCCAGGCAGCUGAUCCCAAGCUCGGGCUCUAUCUGGACUUUGACGGCGUGGAUGUGCCUCAGCCAAUCCGAGGCGAGCUAGGCGCUACAGAUCCCGGUCCUCGAACUUACGACUAUGAGAAGCUCAACCCCGAUCUUUUUGCCCCUCCUGGCACGGAUGCCGGAGAUGUCCCCAAUGCCAUGUGGCCGCUUGGUCUUUCUCACAACCGACUCGGUAGUGAAGCCGGCGCCGGAUGGGCUAGACAGCAGAACCAGGAUGUCCUUCCCGCUGCAACUGAUAUGGCAGGAGUCGACAUGCGUCUCGCGCCGAAUGCGUACCGCGAGCUGCAUUGGCACACGGCCAAUGAGUGGGCCUUGGUAACAAAAGGCUGUCUGCGUGUUGCUGCUGUCAACGAUGAGGGCAAAAGCUUUGUCGAUGAUCUCUGCGAAGGGGAUGUUUGGUUCUUCCCUGCUGGCAUACCUCACAGUCUCCAAGCUUUUGAUAAAGGCGUUGAGUUCCUGCUGGUAUUUGAUCAGGGCACCUUCUCUGAAGAUGAAACAUUCCUUGUAUCCGAGUUGUUCUUGCGAAACCCCGUCUCCGUUCUGGCAAAGAACUUUGAGACCGAGACAACUGCUUUUGAUAACAUCCCGAAGGACGAGCUUUACAUUUUCAACGGAACACCAGCGCCGAAAGAUAUCGAGAAACAGAACGUGACAGGUUCAGCUGGAGCGCUGACGGGUAAUGGUUCAUACACGUACCAUUGGUCUCAGCAGAAGGCCCAUACCGUACCCGGAGGCUCUGUUAAAAUCAUCGACCCUACGACCUUCCCAAUCGCCAAAGGAUUCUCAGCUGCUCUAGUUGUCGUACAGCCUGGCGCCCUCCGCGAGAUCCACUGGCAUACUACCUCCGACGAGUGGAGCUAUUUCCUCCAGGGCAGUGGUAGAAUCACCGUAUUCAAAGCAGCCUCGUCAGCUCGCACCUUCGACUUCACUGCUGGUGGCGUUGGAUACAUCCCUGCUGCAAACUCUCACUACGUCGAGAAUACUGGAACGGAGGACUUGGUUUUCCUCGAGGUUCUUCAGGCGCCUAAGUUCUCAGAUGUUUCUGUGGCACAAUGGCUGGCCUUGACACCCAAGCAGAUUGUGAAGGACCACCUCAAGGUUUCUGACAAGUUCUUGGAUUCUUUGCCCAAGGAGAAGGCGUUCAUCAAGACCGGAGACGUGAAUAUGACAGUUAUCGCAGACGAAGCUUAGGGAUCAUUCGGUGGAGACGAGGCUACGGAUAUUGGACCGAGUGAUAUGACUGUUUGUGGGGAUUCUACUUUACUAAGUUCUGUGUGGUGAUUAUAAGCUCUCAGCCCAGGUCUCAUGAGCUGUGAAACCGUUGGCUGAUGGCUGCUAAGUUAUUAUCAUUUGGCUUGUGCCGACGGUAGCACUCCAUUCCCAAAUCUCAAAUAGCUACCGGAUUUCCUCAGAUACUGUCGGUAAAUGUGUAAUAAAAUAUUCUUUCAGG